AGCGCGCAUGCUCAGAGAAGCACCGCAUUCCCCGCCUGUUAGCCUAGCCUAGCAUCUCUCCUCUAAUGCUCCAUGCAAGAAGCAAAACCCCACGACCGAGCUCUGCGAUUCGUUUUACCCGAUCUGUGGCUGUUCAAAAAUAAAAUACAAAAACUCUGACGGACAUUUAAUCGGAGGGGCGGUCGAUCUGCCCGAAAACAACGCCAUUUUCAGUGAGAAGUAUAUGAUUGUCCCUCACCAUGUCGUCAGAAGAUAAGAAGCCAGAAACCGACACAAAACCUCCAGUUGUACCUUCAGCUUCUGCCACUCAAAGCAAGUCCGCACCUGCUAAGCCCAACUACAGCCUGAAGUUCACAUUAGCAGGUCACACUAAGGCCGUGUCCUCAGUCAAGUUCAGCCCCAGUGGAGAGUGGCUGGCCAGCUCGUCGGCUGAUAAACUCAUAAAAAUCUGGGGAGCAUAUGAUGGCAAAUUUGAGAAAACCAUAUCCGGACACAAAUUGGGCAUUUCGGAUGUAGCCUGGUCGUCUGACUCCAACCUGCUGGUGUCUGCCUCUGACGACAAAACACUGAAGAUCUGGGAUGUCAACUCGGGCAAAUGCUUGAAAACUCUAAAGGGUCACAGCAACUACGUCUUCUGCUGCAACUUCAACCCACAGUCCAACCUCAUUGUGUCCGGAUCGUUUGAUGAGAGCGUUCGGAUAUGGGACGUGAAGACGGGGAAAUGUUUGAAAACGCUGCCGGCUCACUCGGAUCCAGUGUCUGCGGUUCACUUCAACAGAGAUGGCUCCCUGAUCGUGUCGAGUAGCUACGACGGGCUAUGUCGUAUCUGGGACACAGCAUCAGGACAAUGUCUAAAAACACUCAUAGAUGACGACAACCCCCCUGUGUCGUUCGUAAAGUUUUCUCCAAACGGCAAAUACAUCCUGGCAGCAACGCUUGACAACACGCUGAAGCUUUGGGACUACAGCAAAGGAAAGUGCUUAAAAACCUACACGGGCCACAAAAAUGAGAAGUACUGUAUAUUUGCUAACUUCUCUGUCACUGGUGGAAAGUGGAUUGUGUCCGGCUCUGAGGACAACAUGGUGUACAUCUGGAAUCUGCAGACCAAGGAGAUCGUCCAGAAAUUACAGGGACACACAGAUGUGGUCAUCUCAACAGCCUGUCACCCCACAGAGAACAUCAUCGCCUCUGCAGCUUUAGAAAACGACAAAACCAUCAAGCUAUGGAAAAGCGACUGUUAAGCGCUCUGUUUCAAUCUGCCACAGUUCUUUCAUAUUUUAUUUUCUUUUUUAAAAUAAAGUUUUUGUUGUAAGAAAAGAGAAACAUUUUCUAACUGAAAGCCCCCUCGGAACUCGAAGUUUAACGAGCAGACUGAAAUGUUUUUGUCGAAUGUUUGUCCUGGAUGUUUGGUAAUCCGCCAUUGUUCUGGUUUUAAAGUGCAUAUGACAGGUUUCAAAAAGUAAUUUAAAAUUUCAUAAAAAAUCUUACUUGUCCUAUAUUUUCUGAUUGGAAAUCGGAAGCAGUGGCAAAAAAAGAGGUAAUUCCAUAACUUUUUAUCAUACUGUAAUGUAAACUAUGAAAGAUGCACAAUACACAUAAUAUACCAAAUGAUGGGGUGUUUUUUUGUUUUUUGUUUUUUUUUGGUUGGAGAGGGGCUAUGGGGGUGCCACGUUCUUCAGUAGGGGCGCUUACUUAAUUUACUUGGAUGAGAGUGCGCCCCCUCCGUGUACCAUGUUUACUUCGCUGUUUUAAGCUUAAAUAUGGUCAGCCCCCGUUGCUAUUUAUGAAAACUACGGUAAUACAGAAUUCUGUUCUUAUUAUAGUCUCAUUUUGAACACACUCUGGUUGCCAUUUGAACAUUUUUAGUCGAGAUUGGAUGUGCUAUGUGCUAUGAAAGAGCCCGUCCCCAGCGCUGCCCCGUAAUUAUUUUUAAAUGGACAAAAAUGUCUUUAAUGUUGCACGUGAAUUGUGGUUGUGUUUUAGAUGAAAACCUCUCCCGCUUCCAAUGUUCUUGCUCAAUUUUUGUGAAUUUUUUUGGUGUAGAACACAGCACUAUUUCUUGUAUUUCAUGUAACUUGAAUUGUUUUGUUCUUUUCUUCACGAACUGCCGCUUGCUUUGUGUAUAAUUAGGACACACGUUCACUACAGUUAUCCCACCAAAUUAUUUUUAAAAAACAACAAAAAAUAUAUGAAAACCUGUCAUAUGCACUCCAAAGCUGCACCUAUGUAACUUAAGGUUGGGCUCUGCUACCUGCUUAUCUCCAUGGUUAUCGCUUUGCCUGGAAUAUUUCUGAGUAUGGCAUUAAACACAUCUAUAAGCUAGCAUUUGGGUGGUUUUACUGCUGUAAAACGCAUAGAAAAACAUGCAUUUUUACUUUAAGCGUGGUCGCCUCUACACAAAUUCAACCUCGAACGUGGCGUCUCCAUGGAGAAGUUUAAUGCCAUGCUGUAUAACUAUUUUCAUGGACACAAGCAGACCGGAAAAGUUACACAGUGUAGCUUUAAGUUAACUCUGAAACAGUAACUCAUCAAUUUUCACUCUUGUACAGUUCAUCAAAUGGUUCUCUGGCUUGUCUUAACUGUCUUAACUGUAUUGUAUUGCAUUGUCAGCUUGGCGUCACGAACAGCAUCCAUCCUCGAAUUUCUGAAAACGUACUCACUGGUCUUCAGAUUUUGUGUUAUUUAUUGAAGUGGUCCCACCCAAGUGUUCUCCUCUGUCCCGACACCAAACGGCUCUCUUCAGAUUAAGUGCCCGGGGUUGUAUAUUUAAUGCCCGCGCUUAUGAAAAAGGCAUUUGCUCGGUGGUAGAAGUGGGAGCACGGGUCGCUCCGGGACGCGCAAAGAUUUCACGAUUGGACCUGGCGAUUAUGGAAUUAGGGCUGCGCAAUAUGGAAAAAUAAUUGCAAUAUCAGUGUUUUAAAGAGGGGUUAUUAUCCAAAUAUCAAUACCAUUCAAACAGUGGGGAGCCUUUUUAAGAAUAGAAGUAUUACAGGUUUUGGUAACUUAUUCCGUUUCACCGAAUUUGGUGACUAGGGAGCAAUCAAAGGUGCAUUACGUUACUUUUAUUUUCCUUAAAGGUUGUCUACCACCUACUUGUUUCUAUGGAGAUGUUAAACAAGACGUAUUGCGCUUGUGUCUGCUAUAUACAUAAUUUAUGACACCCGUAGAUUUUUGUCGGUGUAUAUUUGGCCAUUUUACAACAACUUCAAGAGAGUAAAUGCAAAGGGGAAACAACUAUACCAGGGUUAAAAGCUCUGAAAAGUCGAUUUUGCAUAAUAAGUCUUCUUUAAUGCUUUGCCUGGAAUGUCUCCAAUUAUAGCGUAUCAUGUAUCUCAUUUUUAAUCAAUUACAUAUGUGUUUUUGUCGCUAAAAAAUACUUUUAACACGUUUUCGAAUUGUGACCGGGUUCGGCUCUUUGCAGAUCUGACCUGUAACUUAACCUGGUGAUUUUAAGUUUAAUACUGUACUGCGCAACAUUCCUGGCAAAGCUGUAGCAUCUCCAUAAAGACAAGCAGGUGGCAAACAAAUCCACUAGAAAAGUUACAUAGUGCACUUUUUAAGAUUGGUGUUGGUCCUGGUGAAGUUUGAAUUUUAACACGGCAAUGAAACGUAAAAGUCAAGAGAUAGAACAGACAGAAUAUGGCGUUUUCGAAUAUAUCGCGGCCCUAAUUAGCGUUCAACCCACUGAAACUAUAUGGAUACAUUUGACUUUUGUAUGUUGACGUUUUUGUACAUACUCCAUUGAAUUGUACUGUGGUUUUCUUUUCCCUCUUCUGCUCGAUUAGAUCAUUAGUUUCUGCACAAAGCCAGCCUCUGUUGUAUGUAGUUGGACAUGAAUUUCUUCUUUUUUUUUUUUGGAAAUAUGUUUAACAGCUACAACCUGUGACUUAAUAAACACGUUUUUGUACGUUUUAUGUUAG